CGGUUGCUGGCUUUGCAGAUGCGUUGACACUUGCCGCGAGCAAAACUGCAACCAUGGGUCUAGCAGAGUUUUUCGGAUGCAGUUUGGUGGCUUUCGGCCCUUCGCUGUCCAUGUUCUGUGUCACGAUAGCAGCCUGUCCAAUCAGAGUUAUAAUUUUCAUUACAGCAGCGUUCUUCUGGCUGGUGUCGCUCCUCUUUUCCUCGAUAGUGUGGUGCUCGGUGUUGGAGAUUUUCCGGAUUCGAACAUCGGAAGAGAAAUCCAAUUUCGUCGUUUUCGGACUCCUUGUAGCUGUCGCUUUCCAAGAACUGUUCCGGUACCUAUUCUACGGGAUCCUCCGUAGGGCCGACAAUGGACUCAAGAAAAUGGUUGAAGUGGGAUCAACCGGGAGCGUGGUCUCCGACAGCCGGCAGCUCCUGGCCUACGUCGCAGGAUUAGGAUUCGGAACGAUGUCUGGCGGAUUCUCACUCCUGAACGUUCUGGCGGAAAUCGGCGGACCAGCCUCUGUGGGUUAUGGCGGGCAAAGCGAAUGGUUCGUGUUGGUUUCCUCGGUCACGACGUCACUGUUCGUAAUACUUAACACGUGCUGGGGGGUCAUCCUUUUCCAUGGAUACGAUACGCGUGAUCAUCGACUCAUCAUCGGCGCCAUCGCAUCUCACUUUGUUUGUUCAUUGAUGACGCUCUUCAACAAGAACGAGACGUACGUCGCGUCGCUUCUGCCCAUAUCCGUCAUGACCGUCGUCUGCGCUGGGCUAGCGUUCCAUCUCGCCGGCGGAAAAUACAGAAAGUUACACUUGAUGUUCAAGAGCCGCACUUCAUCAGUUUCGAGUAGCCAAUGAAUUCCAGGGUACUGCGAGGUUCGCUUCCGUCUUUACAAUCACCCAACCAAAAAUUUGAAGCAAACCCAGCUGUCAAAGUUUUGGUCCGAUGUCCAAUGAGCCUGACAAUGUAAAUAUUCUCACAGCGAAAUCGUCGGAGCGGGUUCCGCCGAUGCUGAAUUUGUAAAUUCAUGCACGAGUUGAAUAAAUAUUCAGUGAUGUCUCAGAUAUGAGCUCCG